AUGACCAGUUUACUCUCUACUUAUGAGGCGGAGUUCAAGACCACACUGCAGCAAGCGAAAACGCUGCUUUCAGUGGCCCCUUCUCAACCGAUCAGCCAAAGAAAUGGCACUUUGAAAGAAGUGGAACAGCAGCACGACGAAUUGCUCGAUUUGAUCGAUCAAAUCGAGAUAGAAAUCAAUAAUGGAGCAUUAGAUCUACAAGAAAGGAGCUCGUUCAAGGCCAAAGUUCGUGAUUUCAAAAAACAAGUUCAGAAUGAUGUGAAAGUGCAGUUGCAACAACUCCAGGACUCUCGCAAUAGAGAUCUCUUGUUCGACGGUGCAGGGGCUGGAGAUGACGAAGCAAACAAUAGCAGUGGCCAACGCCAGCAGUUAUUAUCAAAUCAUGCUGUACUUUCUCGUACCGGUGACAAACUCCGAGAUGCAACCAGGGUGGCCGUCGACACUGAGGGUGUGGGUUCUCAGAUCAUGAUGGAUCUACGAGCUCAAAGGGAAACUUUAGAAAACGCAAGGCAAACGCUGUUUCAAGCUGACUCUUACGUUGAUAAAAGUAUAAGAACUCUCAAAACUAUGAGCAGACGGCUCGUCGCCAACAAGUUUAUCAGUUACGCAAUUAUCGCAGUUCUGAUAUUGCUGAUUCUUCUGGUAUUAUUCGCCAAGUUCAAGUGA